UACCUGGAAUACAGUUGCGAGGUUACCGGGAAAUCGUCUCGCGGAAUCUACGGUACAUCAGACGAGAAGUAAGUUACACGUAGGCCUACUUGGAGAGUAAACACUUUGUGGGAUGUGUACAUGUAUUAUGCACUUGGAGGAAGAUUGGCGUACGGUUUUUAUAGACAUAACGGUUCUCCAGCACUUGGACGCUGCAUUGACGCGUUGAUCAACUGCUGUAGUGUACGAAGAAGAACAGGUUCUUACAUAAGUAUCGAAGAAAUCAGCCCUGACCAAUAUGGCAUCCAAAGAAUCAAGAGGUGAGCCAAUCUGCGCCAUUUGCCUUGAGGCCCCCGACAUGCCCGAGGUCCUGAAGGUGGUGACUACAUGCAGGCACGCAUUCUGUCGAAACUGUUUGUCCAAACACGUUGAGAGCUUUGGCGAAGCUGGCAAAGUAUUUCCUUGCCCGACGUGUCAAGUUGAGUGUCCUCUGCCGGAGCAAGGCAUCGAGGGCUUGUUGGAGUAUAACAUGUCUGAAGUAGAUGAUGCCGGUGGAAAGGUUGCUAUUGGGACAAUUGCAUGCUUGAGCUGUCAGUACACAAAUGGCACAGCAAGUGAAGCUAAGGCCUUCUGCCAGGAGUGCGGAAACGCGUACUUCUGCAAUGAUUGCACAGGAGUCCAUGGCAGAAACGAAGCCACUUCUGACCAUAAGGUGAUCUCACUGAAGUCUCUCGGGAGGAAAACUGGUAGUAGGUGUAGAGGCCACGGGCCACUGAUCAACAGCUAUUGCUGCACGUGUCAGGAACCAUGCUGCUAUAUAUGUGUCCUUCUUGGCCAUGGAGACCACGAGGUGAAGAAGAUAUGGGAGGUAUUUCGCUCUCUACUGCGUGAGGUGAGAUGCGUAACCGAAGAUUAUGAAAGGAGGUCUAGUGAUUUGAAGAUUGCGGAGGGUCAGUUGAAGUUCCUCAGCAAGUCGGAGGUGUCUCUAAGGCGUGAUGCCCUUAUACAAGAGAUUGAGGGUCAUGCUGAACAGUGUAUAGAAAAGAUCAUAGGCCAGAAAGAUGAACUGAAGGAGAAGGUCCGGUACAGUUACAAGGUGGUUGAUGAUGUUUCUGGUUGGCUAGGAAAGGUUCCAGAGCUAGAUAAACUGACUGAAAUUCUUGCAAAGUCCACCAAAACGCUGACCGAUUCUGAACCACACCCGUUUGACAUAGGUCAACUAUCGAGAAUGAAACAAAGACUUACUGACUCUGGGUUCACUGGUGAGAUUGAUAUGAAUGGUUUCUUUGAAUCUUACACACGCUUGUUUAAUAAUCCUUUCUACUUCGUUCCGAAUGAAUCGGUUGACAACAUUGGCGACUUGAAGGAGACGACGCGAAAGGACAAAAAUAUUGCACGAUGUAAGUUGAUAUUUGAGAAGGAGCUUGUUAUAAAAGAUGCGAGAAAGUACAUUCCCUGUGUAGCCAACCUUGGUAACGACUUCUAUGCCAUAGCACAUCCAACAAUUCCAGGUACACCAUCCAACGCAAUUGACGUCUACAAAUUUCCUGGUGACUUCCAAAGAACCAUCACUGACAACGUCAACUCUAUUCACGACAUGGCUGCUACCAUUGAAGGCCAUCUUGCUGUCCUUUCUGACGGGGUCGUGGAAAACACGUGCGCCGUACAGCUAUUCGACCCAGAAGAUGGGUACGUCAAGUCUACGGCUGACUUCCCUACUCGUAACCCUCUAUCUUUUGACGUCAAUUUACGCAAUCAAUACGCAAUACUAAGCAGUGAUGGAAACAAGAAGGUCUCCGUUGUUAAUUCUGAUGGGAUCUUGGAGUUCACGUGCGAUCAAUUAAAGGUUGUUACUGAUGCUACCAGUAUCUCUUGGUGUGGAAUUGACAAAAUCGUUGUCAUGGGGCAAACGUCAUUGGUCGUGUUCGAAUUAAAUGGUGAGGUUAUAUCCGAGUUCACAAAAAGGACUUUCCAUCAAAAUUUGCACUCGACUCAUAUAUCGGCUACCUUAUUUGGCGAAAUAAUCUGCUGCUACAAGUUUAAUGGCAAGCACAAGUUUUUAAAGAAUAUCCUACUCGACAAAAGUUUGAUCUUUUCUGGUGCGCUUAAAAUCUGUGAAGUUCGCACUGGAGCGGCGAAGUCUGUGGCAUGUAUUUCUGUAAGAGAUGAUGAUUACAUUGUGUCAUCACAGGAUCAUACGAUCAGAGUAUUCAAAUAUGACGAAUAGUGGUGAUAUCCUGCUGGUAACAUUCUCAACUCUGACUAGACCGUGCAGUAAGACUGUUGAUUGUAUAGCUUGCCAACAAAAUACAGGAAGGGUCAUGUUGCAUUUUUCUUCAAUUCUUGAUGUUAUCAUUUAAGUGCUCUGAUCCGGCAAAACCAUAGAAAACAAAACAGGAUCGAGGCAGGAAUGGAGCUACAGAGUCAUCAUGACCUUUAUCGCUGGCGUCGACACUGUAAUCCACUAUGUGACAACAUCAAAAGGGAUCCGUAAAUGAUGUCUCUAAGCUUGCGGGUGUCUUUAAACCAAACACCUGAGACCUACAGCUCUAGAGCUUUUGGACUUCUAUAAAACGAAGACCUUAUAGGACCCUAGCAAGUUUUGGGACGUCUAAAUAACGAAGACCGUGGACCCUAAAAAAUCUUCAGACGUUUAUAAACGUAGACCGAUAAACCUACCUCUUGAGACAUCUAGGAGAAUCACCACUCCGCUAUUUCUACUGGUUGUAAAUGGACAAACAUGUAAUUGCACGCGUUGUAAUGUCGUGUUUGAAAAUCACAAACAUGUGCUGAAAUCAUUGAUCGUUAUUGGAAUUGUAAGCGAAUAUCUUUUCUUCUACAGCAGAUGCUGAAUGAUCUCGUGAUGUACAGUACUUCCACUCUUAACUUUACCUAGUAGAAAUUACAAUUCAGCGAUGUGUGUACGCCGUAAAAGAGAAGAUGAAUGACACUUUUUGUUGCGGUGUGACUGGAUAUUAUUUCCCAACCGCUGAGGUUAAUUAUACUAAAUCCAUUCAAUUUUCGAGAACGUGCUCUACGAAAUGAAUUCGAGAAUGAUUACCAUCGUGAGCUUUUAGUAAAUGCUUGGCACGUCUUUCUUAAUUUAGCUCUUCAAAAUUUUUUUUUAAA